CUCUCUAUCCGCCCUCUUUUUCCAUUCUAUUCGACCUACAAUAGCCCCUAGACGGUCUUCAGUGCCAAGCGGGUUCAUUCAGCUACCCUCGGGCUCCUCUUCCUUCCCAAGAUUUGUGGUUAUUGUACUUUUCGCGGUUGCAGUUAGUGCAGACUUGGGCAAUGGGAAUUUUGAAGAAAAAUUUAUGUUUCAUUAACUGGUGGAGAUAGGGGUGUAUCGGGAUGAAUUUUACCUUUUGAAAAAUUCAGUAACGUAACGUUUUUCAAUUCAAUAUUUAUUUUAUAAUAUUUAAACUUAAGCCUUUAUUUUUUUCCUCAAUUAUAGCCAAGAAAAACAGCGCAGGAAACGGUCCGGUAAUUUUUACAUUAAUUUUCCGGGAAAAAAAACAGAUUUUUUCCGUAUAAUAUUAAAUAUAGCGAAAUCGAUCAUUUUUUGCCGUUUACAUGAAACAUGGCUCUUUAAUAGUGACCCAUAAACAAUCUCCGAAUACCAUAGCCACCGCAAGAAAGUGUGAAGGAAAAAAUUCAUGAAAAAGGCCCGACCGACUUUUUCCACUAGCUAGAUAUAGACACGUUAUGAUAUGCCCCGAGGAGGGGUGACUUUUUAUCACAAGCGUGACUCAGGUUCACCGACUGUGUCUUUACCGCCUCGGCACAGGCCACAGAGUCAACAAAAAAAAAUGUUCUUUUUCAUUCGUUUUGAGGGGACCAUUGAUGCUUGUUGUGACGAGUCGUGCUUUAGGGGUGAGUUUUUGUAUGUCUAACCGUGACCUUACACUAGACUCUACACCUUGAUGUCGAUAUCAGAGCAUGAAUGAAAGGAAUGCAAAUGUUCCCAGAAGGUCGAAGAAUUUUUUAAAUUAAUUGUUUAUUAGUUUUUUUUUAUUGGGGGCUACUGAUGAUUUUUAGAAAAUAAUUUUUUCCUCCAAUCUUUUAAAAGGAGGAGAAGUUGCCUUGAGCCUUUAGUUAAUGAGAAUAACGCUUUUAAUUUCCAGCGAUCGUUUACGCGUUCGAAAUAAAUUAAUUUUUUCCAGUCUAAAAUCACAGAGUUUAUUAUAGAUAUAAAUCGAGGAGACCAUAAAGCUAACGACAUCCCAGGUUGAAUUGGUGUCCUUUUGUUUUGCCUUGGAACACACACAGUGAAUAUGUUGACAUUUUAAAUUGAAUGACUGUUGUCUCAUGUUGACGAGCAAUGGGAACAUUCAAACGUGCCCCUCGGACCAUUAAUUAAAAUUCUCACUCAUUCGAUCCUCAUAUAUUCCGAUUUUCAGUUAAUUAACUUUCUGCGGGAGAUAAAAAAAUACCAUUUAUCAAAUUGAGGGACCUUUUUGUCUUCUUAGAGAGGAGUUAUCGGGGUGGGCUUCAUAAUUAUGUGGAAUGAUUAGUGUUUUCAAUACUGAGAAAAUAAUCAUAGAAAGACAUAUCAAUCAUUACAUUAUUUGAUCAUCGUUACACUGGAUUUUUUUUAGAAAUUAACGUAAAAUAUUGAAAAGUAAAACAUAUCUCUUGGCGCCAAACCUCCGUCAAUUUUCCUCGCACCUUUGUCCAACCUCCCCAAGGAUGCACUUGGCCUCCCUCUCCCCCUCCUCGCGCUCACAUACACCCUCCCACAUUCCCCUUCUUCACCCCUCCGUUAUCCGCAAAAUUUCCCCUACCACUGGCGUCAAACGCCUCGCUGGUUACUUCUGGUUCAACGUAUCCAAGUGGAUGUGGUACGACACAGACCAGACUCCCCCGUUCCGAAUACCAACGACAAUGGCCGAAGCUUCACGAACAGCAGUUCGAAUACCGGCUCCCGCGUCAGUGUACUAACCGCAUUCGCGGUCCACGGUUCACGAUAUUAUUUCCGGGCGCGAGUGCGUGACUGUAUAGUAAAUGAUUUUUUUUUCCUUUCGUUCGCCUUUAAUUAUUAUCAUUAUACGUAUUUACGAUUGUGUGGAGCAUCUAGCGACUCACAUGACACCCUGCGAUUGCGUGAAAUAGAAAAAAAAAUUGAUUUUUUUUUACAUGGUAGGGUAGAAAAAAUAGGAGCGAUUUUUUUUUGCUUUGAAUUUUUUCAUUUCACCUUUUUAAAAAAAUGAUUCUGAGAUUCUCGAAUCUCCCGCUGUUGUUGACUAGUCGCUCCGGGACUGUGCACGUGUUAAGAUACAUGAAGAACUGAAAAAUUUUAAUUUUGUGUUUUUUUUUUUAAUAAUUCGGAAAAUGUGAAGGGACUCCGUGAUAUUUGACGAUUAAAUUGUGCAAUAAGUGGGGAUGAUCGAUAUAUUCUAGUCAAGUGUAUAAAAAAAAUAGAGGAUUACAUGAACGACUGAUAUAAUUUAUUAAUUGAAAGACUGUUUUCCGUAAUAAACCGAAUUGUCACGUGGCAACUGGAGAGGUCAUAGGCUGAAUAUACCGACAAAUCGUCACUAACACAGUGUGAUUAAUAUUUUAUUUUAAGUUUUAAUAAAUUCACUCGGAAUUCCUUUGUGAUUGAGUCAUCGAGUUCGGUACGAGUGUAAACAAAACAUUCAAUCCAGUGGUAUCACUGCGCGCGGUAAUCCACCAGUGUUUACGUAUUUCGCGAGUGACUGAAUCCUUAAAAAUCGAACUUAUCGACAUGAAUCACUCUACAGUGGUGUAAAUAAUAAAAUUGAGGGUUUCGUACUGCCUCAAGGUAUCGAGAGAAAAUUCCAAGAAGUCACCUAAAAGUUUACUCCCUCAAAACAAGUGAUUAAAUCACGGGCAAUGAUCAAGAAUCAUCGAAUCACUGAAUUGAGAGACAGAGAAAUGUCAUGAGACAUUGCAAAAAUUAUUGAGAGGUUCGGAAAAAAAUCUUUUUGUGCAAUAAAAGUGAAGUGACAAUUUUUCGAGUAAAUAUUCAUCUUCUUGACUUUAUCAAGUGCUGGUUCACGAAAAACUACAUGUGAUGAUGACAAUGAUGGGGGAGUCAGCACCCUAGAGUGAAUUGAGUGAUUUUUUGUUUUUUUUUUUCUGUGAGUUUUUGGUGUUUGUGAGGGCUAUUGAACUCUAGUGGGAAGGGGAGGAAAAAGGGGAAUAGUGAAGUUUCGACGAGAUAUGUAUCCCUGGUACAGGGAGAGCGUCGCAGCGGCAGCGGCUGCGGGACUCGGUGGGCCUGUUGGUGUCGUUGGCACUGGAUUCUGCUCUACAGCACCUGGACAGGGUGGUACCACUAUUAAAACUGAGAGCGGCUACUCGGACUGUAUGUUGGCGCUAGAUUACGUGCAGAGCAAGUAUCCCUCAAAUUUGUAUUUUCAGAAGGCAUCCUUUGCCUGGUCAGAGGGUGGCGACGAAGGCGGUGGGGGUGGAAAUGGUACCGGUGGCACUGGUGCAGCGGUCACUGGCUCGUCAACACCCGGUAGUGGUGGCGGUGGUUUGGCACACUGGGUCAGUGUCAUGGCUGAACACAUACACAAUCCGCAUUCCGCUGGCAAUGUCGGUGGUGUUCAUCAUCAGCAACAGUCACCACCACAACCACCUUAUCCCUGGAACAAUGGGCUCUCCAGUGAUCAAUGCAAUCCACAUGAAAAGGAUGCAGAUUACUGGGGCACUGGACGUGGUACUAAGCAGGGAUACGAGCAUUUCCUGUUGCAGGCCAAGAUGAAUGCCGACCACGGACAAAUUCAGAAAGGUGAAGAACAGUAUCGGGGCACUGGGGGUGGUAGUAGCAGUGGUAGUCCACCGGCGAGUCUUCUAGUUGUACCCCAACCCCUGACAGUGAAGCCCUCGCAUCCGUCGCAUCUAAAUCCUCACCUGGGCGGUCCGCACUCACAUCCACCGAGGAAAUAUCAGUGCAAGAUGUGUCCACAAAUAUUCGGCAGUAAAGCGGAUCUCCAAUUACACACACAAAUACACAUGAGGGAGGCAAAGCCCUACAAGUGUACGCAAUGCUCAAAAGCAUUUGCAAAUUCAUCGUAUCUAUCACAACAUACACGUAUACAUCUUGGUAUAAAACCAUACCGCUGUGAAAUAUGUCAACGUAAAUUUACCCAGUUAAGUCAUCUACAGCAGCACAUACGUACACACACUGGUGAUAAACCAUACAAAUGCCGUCAUCCUGGUUGUACUAAGGCAUUCAGUCAACUGAGUAACCUGCAGAGUCACUCACGCUGCCAUCAGACUGACAAACCAUACAAGUGCAAUUCGUGUUACAAGUGUUUCUCUGAUGAGCCAAGUUUACUUGAACACAUACCAAAGCACAAAGAGUCUAAACAUUUGAAAACCCAUAUAUGCCAGUACUGCGGCAAAAGUUAUACCCAGGAAACUUAUUUGGCUAAGCAUAUGCAAAAACAUGCUGAAAGAACGGACAAAAGACCACCGAUAAUAGGUACAGGAUUGAGGCCAUCGAUUCAUGCUAUGGCAGCACAUCAUCAAGAUCCACAUCAUUAUUGGCCAAAAGUUAGUCCUGAUUCAGUGAUUAGUGAAUUACACGAUAGAUUACCACAUCAUCAUGCUGCAGCAGCGGCCGCCGCUGAUUAUCAUCAAAAUCAAAACAAUGAUAUGUUGUUACCGUCCCACGGGGGUCAUCGGGGUGAUGCCAAUAUUGAAAAUGAUUCGAGGCAACAAACACCACAGCCACCUGGCAAUCAUCAUCCCAAUAGUAGUUCAGCUUUUACUCCAAUUUCAUCAAUAUCUAUAAAUUCCAUAUCCUCGAUGCAACAUCCAUUGAAUCCAUUGAAUCAUCUCCAUUAUCCCGGCAGUCAUCAUCCAGCGUCGAGGCCGUAUCUCUACGAGGCUUUCAAUUCUCAAAAAUCAUCGCCAACGUCUAGCUCUGGAGUAACAUCAGGUACAACGACCAAUCAAAAUACAACGUCGUUUCCUAAUCAAUUGAUUAGUUUACAUCAGAUUAGAAAUUAUGCUCAUCAACCCAAUCUUGGUAAUCUUGGUAAUCUUGGUAAUUUAAGUAAUCUCAGUAAUUUGGGUAAUUUGAGCGCUUCUAUGGAGGGUCAUACAUUGUUAGGUGGACUCAAAGACAAACAGUGAAUGAAGAGAUGAAAGGGGGAAAAUAAUGAACGAAAAUGUUGAUCAAUUAUUUUGCUUAUCCCUUUGUACUCUUUAUUUUUCUGUUAUGGUUUAUUUAAUUUCUCAUUAGGGAGGCGAAAAAUGAAAAAAAUGUAAAGGGAAAGUCUGGCUCUGAAACUUCUUUGAAAAUUGAGGAGAAAAACAAGAUGAAAUUUUUUUUUUUUUCUAAAGAAAAAAAUGUUUGAUAUGCCUCCAAGGCCUUUUUCUUAUCCACUGGUGAACUUUUCAGUUAAAAGUCGAGUGCAUGGGAGAAAAAGUUCUCUUUUUUUUUUAAGUUUUUUCUCUCAAUUUUUUUAGUAAAAAUUUAACCGAGUUACGGAGCCUGAUUGUUCUUCCUGGAUAUUAUAAUUAGAAAACGAGAUAACUGAUGUACUUAUUCGCGAUUUCUGCAGAAUGAAAAAUCCUGGGCGUUUUUUAUUUUUCAUUCGUCGGUAGGAAAAAAAUCUGUUAUGUUUAAGGAUUUUUACAAUCUGUGAUUAAGUGGAAUAAUGGGGAAGAUAAAUUCAUAUUGAAUGUCACCAAUUUUAUUUUUCAAUUUUCGGUUCUUCACAUUCAAAUGAGAAUCUACAGAUUAUUGUAUUUCACAUUUUUGUUUAUUCUACUCAAUUACAGAGAUAAAAACGAUAGGAGGGAAAUUAAAUAAUAAAAGAAAAUACACAAAUUGAAGCACGUACACACUCCACGAGGGCACAAAUCGCGAGAAUGUUUUGUUAGAUACAAGAGAGCGAAAGAGAGAAUGAGAGAGUAAAUAUUUGGAGAGAAAGAGAAUAGAAUAGGUUACGAUGGUGCCACAAAAAAAGGGACAAAUUGGAAAUGAAUUAAAAAAAUAAGAAAAACACAUGGAUGUGAGAGAUGUGUUGACUGCAUAAGAGAAAGAAAAAAAAAGUAAGUGGUAGAGAAACUUCUUUGUACAUAGCUAUUAUAUAAAUAUAUAUAAAUAAAAUAUAUAUUAUUAAUUAUUAAUAUUAUUAAUUAUUAAUUAAUAUUUGGUAGGUGUGUAAGGUGGAUUUAAAAGAAGAAAUUAUGAAAUAGACUUAACGAAAUGGAAAAUAAUAAUAAUAACGGAGAAAAAAAAAUUAUUCUAUGUACCUUGUCCGAGGAAAAGUGAGAAGAGGGGAGGAUAACUGACGCUGUCCAGCAUUUUUUUUCUUAAUUUGUUUUCUCUUUUUCUUUUUAAUUUGUUUUUCAUUUUCAACCGAUAUUUUUUACUGCUCUAGGAAAACUAUAUGCGAACAAAGAUGAGAUGAAAAUAUUGUGAUUUUAAAGAUUAAAAGAUUCCCUGCACUUCUGCAUUCAUUUUUCAUUCCAAAUUAAAAAUUGGAAUUUUUUUUAAACCAAAUUGUACUUUUUUUUUAACGCAAAAUACUAUUCAUUCGAUAGUCAUUCACACGAGCGAGAUAAUUUUUUAGAUGGGAAAAAAAAUGAAUGGAUUAUCAAUCGAAAUGAAAGAAAGAAACGAAAACUGUAGAUAAUUUCUUGUUACGGCGCGAACUCGAGAACAGCCAUAUUGAAGAUCAAUGAAUACGUCAAUUUGUGCUCAAAGAUGUCCUUCAAAAUCAUCGAAAAAUAAUCAUUAUCAUUUAUUCCCUUUCUUUUACUCGAUAACGACACGAAUAAUCAUCGGAUAAUCGGUCAAUUAUUUGUCACUAAAUGUUUUAAAACUCUAAGUGAUUCACCAUUUUCAAUAUGGCCGAUGGAAAUAUGUAAAUAUUUUAAUCUCGAGUGCGUCGCCCCAUCUGUGCUCAAGUUGUUUAACUUAGUUUGUUAUUAAGAAAGUAAUGAUAUUCUACCAAUUAUAACGAAUUAAUUGUAAUCGCUCCUUUGGUUUCCUCGAUAAUUUAAUGAUAAAAAAAUCAUUGAAAAAUAUUCAUUCACAUUUUGUUUCUAUUUUAAAUUGAACGAAAGUGAUAUAUAAAACUUGACAAAAUAAAGACACAUUAUAAUGGAUGAGACAGUUAAUUUUUACGUGUACAAGGGACAGAGUGAACGUUCGAGUGCUAGUUAAUUUUUUUAAAAAAUGAGUUUAGAACAAAUACAAAAAAAUGUUCAAUUUACUUUCUUUUAUGGGGAACAAAUAAACAAAAAUUAUGAAGAAAAAUUAUGUUACGGGAAACCGGACCUCGCGCUUUAAUUGUGAUUUUUUUUCUGUCUAUUCUUAGUUUUCAUUAAUUAUUAUUAUAAUAUGAUUUUCGUUUAAUAAACUAUCCCGUUUAAAAAAUCCUAA